AUGCUUAAAGAAUUUUUUCGUAAAUACGAUAAGCGCAUAGGAUUCGUUCUAUUAUUAAUAAGUAAUUCAGUUGGUCUAGGAAACGUUUGGCGUUUUCCAUUUCUCACAUAUAAGAAUGGUGGUGGAGCUUUUCUAAUACCAUAUUUUCUAUUAUAUAUUUUUAUUGGGUUACCAUUAUAUUACUUAGAAUUAUCACUUGGUCAGUUUACAUCGAAAGGCCCACCAAGUGCCUAUGGUUUAGUUAGAGGAUCACUUGGCAUUGGAAUAUCAAUGUUAACCAAUGCUGCAAUAACGAUAUGUUUUUAUAAUGUUAUUAUUAGUUGGGCAUUACUUUUUUUUCUGUUGUCAUUUCGAAAGACUUUACUUUGGAAUCAGUGUAAUAAGCAUUGGAAUACUCCAAAUUGUGUCGAUUUAUCUAACUCGAAUAUCAGUGUAAUAAAUGGCACAUCAUCCGCCGAGGAAUUUUUUACACGUUUUGUACUACGACAAAGUGAUGGUUUUCAUGAUUUUGGUACACCAGCCUGGUAUACAAUAUUAUGUUUAUUAGGUGCAUGGAUUAUUGUCGCUUUAUGUAUUCAUAGAGGUUUUAAUUUAACUGCUCGACUUGCAUAUAUCACAGCACUCUUUCCAUAUAUAAUUUUAUUAGCCUUAUUAAUUAGUACAUCACAACUUGAUGGUGCUGGAUUAGGUAUUCGAUAUUAUUUGACACCUGAUUGGUCAAAAGUUUCAGAUUUUCAAGUUUGGCGUGAUGCUGCUGGUCAAGUAUUUUUUUCCCUAGGUAUUGGUUUUGGUUCACUAGUAGCUUAUAGUAGUGGAAAUGACUUUCAUAAUAAUUAUUUUAUCCAAUGCGUUAUUGUUGUUGUAUGCGACUGUCUGACUGGUAUAUUUGCUGGUUUUACUGUAUUUGCAACAAUUGGUUUUCUAGCUGUAAAAUUAAGAGGUGGUGAUAUUACACAAGCAGCGAUUGGUGGUCCUGGUUUGACAUUCAUUAUUUAUCCGGAAGCUAUUUCACAAAUGCCGAAUUCACCCGUAUUUUCUGUUUUCUUCUUUCUAAUGUUAAUUACAAUAGGUCUUGGAUCACAAUUUGGUGGAACCGAUGUUGUUGUAACAGGUAUUUUACAAUAUUUUCCUCAUUUGAAACGAUGGCAGGUUGUUAUUAUUGUAUCAAUAUGUGCAUUUUUAAUUAGUAUACCAUUUACAUGUCGAGGUGGAAUCUACUUGUUUACAUUGAUUUCCGAUUAUGCAGCUAAUUUGUCUUUGAUUGUCAUUGGUUUUUUUGAAGUUAUAACGAUUGCUUAUGUCUAUGGUUUUAAUAAUUUUAUGAAUGAUAUAAAACUGAUGUUAGGAAAACGACGUCCAGAAUAUUAUUUACUUGUAACAUGGUGUAUAACAGGUCCAAUAAUAUUAUUGAUUAUAUUUUUUGCUGCUAUAAUUAAUGACAGUAGUAGAUUAAUUGUUUAUGGCAAUUAUCAAUUUCCACAAUGGACAUUAGCUUUUGGAUGGACAACAUUUACCCUUUGUAUUAUUGCUAUGCCUCUGUAUUAUCUUUAUCAAUAUAUUAAAUCGUUUCUUUAUGUUAGAGCAAAUCGUACACCCAAUGAUGUUGAAGUACCAGAUUAUAUUCGUGCAUUUCGAUUAACUAAUACGCCAGCACACGAUUGGGGGCGGAAAGAAACAGAAAAUCGAAGAGAACCUAAUGCAAUAGUACCGUUCACUAACGGUGUAAUUACCAAUAAUGCAUUUGAGCCGGAAACGACUGAAUUCCAACAAUCUUGA